CCGGAAGCGCACAGCUACAACGAAUUAGCGUCUGCCUCCCGAGACGUCUUCGUUUUUUGUCCGUUUUUUAAAUAAUAUAACAUUAUAAAACAAGACCGUUUAUUUAAAAAUGUUGGCAAACACGGUGGAACCUUUAAAAUAGCAUUUUCAGAUGGUUGCUAAUGUGCUGUUAACUAAAUGAUCUCGGACAUUGACAUCAACAAAUUAUGAAUUGCUGACGGAAUUCAUGAAGAAGAUAACAUCCGACUCUGACAAUGAGGAGGCUGAACAGAAAGAAAGCCCUGAACUUUGUGAAGGAACUAGAUGCUUUUCCCAAGGUUCCUGAGAGUUAUGUGGAGACAACAGCUAGUGGAGGAACAGUGACUGUGUUGGCCUUCACGGCCAUGGCUCUCCUGGCCUUCUUUGAGUUCUUUGUGUAUCGGGACACAUGGAUGAAGUAUGAGUAUGAAGUGGAUAAGGAUUUUACCAGUAAACUAAGAAUUAAUAUAGAUAUCACAGUGGCCAUGAGGUGUCAAUUUGUUGGGGCUGAUGUAUUAGAUCUGGCUGAGACAAUGGUAGCAUCUGAUGGCCUGCAGUAUGAACCUGUUGUUUUUGACCUUUCUCCCCAGCAAAGGCUCUGGCACAGGACACUCUUGCUCAUUCAGAGCCGUCUUCGUGAAGAACAUUCUCUCCAAGACGUUCUUUUCAAGAAUGUUAUGAAAGGUGCCCCCACUGCUCUCCCACCCAGGGAAGAUGACCCCACCCAGCCUCUAAAUGCCUGCAGAAUACAUGGACAUCUAUAUGUUAAUAAAGUAGCAGGAAAUUUCCACAUCACUGUGGGCAAGGCCAUCCCACACCCUCGAGGUCAUGCUCAUCUUGCGGCUCUGGUCAGCCAUGAUACAUACAACUUCUCCCAUCGUAUAGACCAUUUGUCAUUCGGAGAGGAAAUACCAGGCAUUCUGAAUCCACUGGAUGGCACCGAAAAAGUGUCCACAGAUCAUAAUCACAUGUUCCAGUACUUUAUUACCAUUGUGCCAACAAAACUGGAGACAUACAAGGUGUCAGCAGAUACACAUCAAUAUUCAGUCACUGAGCGGGAGCGAGUGAUAAACCACGCAGCAGGAAGUCAUGGUGUGUCUGGGAUCUUUAUGAAGUAUGACAUCAGCUCAUUGAUGGUGAAGGUGACUGAACAGCACAUGCCGCUGUGGCAGUUCCUCGUGCGACUCUGUGGUAUAAUAGGGGGAAUUUUCUCGACAACAGGAUUGUUGCAUAGUCUGGUUGGCUUCUGCGUAGAUGUCGUCUGCUGUCGUUUUAAACUGGGGGUUUACAAACCAAAUAGAAUGAAUCUCCUCGAUGGCCACGUGAACAGCUUAACACCGCUUCUUUCUGAGAACAGUGAACACUAGCUGGGCUCUCCUUUCCAUUAAAAAAAAAAAAUCAUUUUAGUCACUCUUCAACUUAAAAACAUUUUGUACAUUUGAUGUAAAUCCUCGUACUACACAUGACAUCAAGAUACUUUAAGUUUGCCAGUCCAUUGUCAUUACAAAUGUUAUUUCUUUUUUAAUUACAUUAGUGGUUUCAAUGAAUGUCAAUUACAAAAAAGCAGUCAUGGUGAGAAAAAUAAAUUGUAUUUUAGAAGAUAAAAUACAAUGUCAUUGAGCAUCUAAAUAUCUUAUAAGCCUUUUUUUAUUUCACUUGUGAAGGCAGCUCUUUUCUCUGAAGAUGAAAUGUUUGUAAACUAGCAUAACAUCAUCUUCAUUGACCCCCUUUAAAAGCAUCUACAUUUUGUACAGUUUAGGCAUUUCUGAGUGCAGUACGGUGUGAUUUUAAUAAAUUUUGUAUUCAAAGACACAAACAUUCAUUACAGUAUUAGGAUUUGGUUGGGAAUUUUGUUUUGUUCUGGCUGUCUAAUAUGCCAACCAGAGCCAAGAUCUGUGUGUUUUAAGGAGACCACUCUCAAUAUUAUUGAUAUUAUAAGGAUGAGCCAAUAAGGGUCCUUGUGUUAUAAUAAAAGUGUGAUUCUGUUCGAUUAUAGGAGUAAUUUGCCCAUUUUACUAACUGGGGGAUUGGUGUCGGAUAAUUCUUUUUAAGCACAUUUAUUGAUUUGUAUUUUUCCUGAUGCAAAACAAUCUUUUAGACCUUUUAAACAUUUUGCACAUAUUCUUUUGCCUGUUAUAGAGCCCUGCUAGUCAGUAAUAAACAGAAACUUGUGCC